AUGGGGCAAUCGGUGUCCAAGGAACAUAAGUCGUGUGCUGAGGUUUUGCAACGAGUUUUGAAAUUACAAGGUUUUGGGGUGUCUUCAUCGGACUUAGUGAAUUUGUUGGUGUGGACUAGAAAAUACUGUACUUGGUUUUCCGUUGCUAGCGCUUUUGAUAGUGCUGUCUGGGCAAGAGUCGGGGAGGAGUUAAAAAUUCGGAAAGACCUUCAAUUCCCGGGUUUAGAUGAGUUGGUAAUCACCUGGAAAGCCGUGUAUACUGCUCUGAAAACGCUGCAGCCCGCUGAGGAUCUUUUGCAAUCCAAGGCGGCACCCCCGCCUUCUCGGGCUGAUGAAGAAAAGGGCUCGUGCGGGAUUUUCUGUGAUAAAGUUAGGAAACCUAAGGAUGCUUUCGGCCCCGGAUCUGUUGAUCCGGAGGCCAAGUCGGGUCUCCAUCCCCCUCCGCUUCCCCCCACCCCUCCGUACUCGGAGAGUUUCCCCUCCGCCCCCUCCUCUGCCCCUCCCGCUGAUCGGGAGCUUUUAGGAUUACAAAGUCGAACAUCAGCGGGGGGUCAGUGUUUGGAGAACGCGGUAGUUCCUUCUGCACCGCCCUGUGAAGCGGCCGAGGACGGGCCGCGGGAGCCCUACGUGUCCUUUGUACAUCGCCUCCAAGCAGCUAUUUCGAGACAGGUGGACAACGAGGAGGAGGCUCGAGUGUUGCUGUUUCAGCUGGCCUUUGAGAACGCAAAUGCAGACUGCCAGAAGGCAAUUGCCCCGAUCAGGCACUCUGCCGAGUCGCUAGCUGAGCUGUUCAUAGCUUGUCACCAUGUGGAUUCAGUGGAACUUAAGGCAUCUGCCUUGGCUGCAGCCCUUACUGAGAAGCUUGCGGCCGGCAAAGAGGUAACUGCUGGGCAGCCACGUUUAACUGUCCUUAUAAAAGGCCGACCUUUUGUGGGGAUGGUUGACGCUAGUGCCGAUGUCUCGGUCAUGAAUCAGUGUGAUUGGCCGCAGAACUCGGCCCGGGUGCAAGGAUCAGUUUCAGGCACAGGGGGAGCUCGGAUCCCACUUCAGAGCGCUCUGACUCUUCCGGUGGAAAGCCCUGAGGAAAAGUAUCUGACUGGCACUCCGGUUUGGGUAGAUCAGUGGCCUUUAAAGGGCAAAAGGCUGGAACAGGCACAGCGAUUGGUACAGGAGCAGUUACUGUGUGGGCACAUAGAACCUUCUAUCAGUCCUUGGAACACACCUAUAUUUGUUAUACCGGAAAAGUCUGGGAAAUGGUGUUUGUUACAAGAUCUUAGGGCAGUGAAUGCUGUCGUGAAGCCAACAGGGGCCUCACAACCUGGAAUUCCAAAUCCUUCUAUGAUUCCUGCAGAAUGGCCUUUGUAUGUGAUGAUAUUAGAUUGCAUUUUUACCAUAUUGUUGCAUCCUGAUUACUGUGCACAUUUUGCCUUUUCAGUGCCUUCCAUUAACAACCAAGGGCCCAUGCAAAGAUACCAGUGGGUGGUACUGCCACAAGGAAUGAUGAACAGCCCCACCAUAUGUCAGAUUGUGGUGGACAGUGCCAUUUCUCCCAUUAGGGUAGAAUUUCCACAUUUGCUUCAGUCUUUGUCAGAUUUGCCUUUGCAGCCUCGUGUAUUGGCGUCUGUGAUACCAUUGGAAGGUGCCCGUACAGUGUUGAUGGCUCAGGGCAAUCACACAAGGCUGUGGUGGUUUGGUGACCGGAAACAGUCUUGUACUACUCUGCCUGGACUGAUAGUGGAGGGUAAUCGUGUUGCAGACAGUCUCACUAUGGCAAUUUCAGCCUCUCAAGCCUUUGAGCAAGCACGUCUGUCUCAUGAUUUCUUUCAUCAAAAUGCUAGUUCCCUUCACAAAAUAUUUGGCCUUACUAUGUGGCAGGCUAAGGACAUUGUAUGUGCCUGUGCUGACUUUGACAGUCAGCUAACUCCAGAGUCUCCUACCCAAGUUUUAGGAGCACCUCAUGAAAUCAAGACCGACAACGGUCCUGCCUAUAUCUCUCGACCCACGCAAUAUUUUUUACAGCAAUGGGGAGUGUCCCAUGUGGCAGGCAUUCCCCACUCCCCAACGGGUCAGGCUAUUCUUGAACGUACUCACAGCACCCUGAAGGCCAUGUUGUUAAAACAAAAAAGGGGGAAUUCCCUUUCACCACAAGAGCGUUUAGAUAAAGCCACAUAUGUACUUAAUUUUUUAAAUCGUUCUGGCACACGUCUGCUGACAUCUGCGGCUGAGCGUCAGUUUGGGCACACUUCAAAUUUUGCUGCUAGGCCCAAGGUCUGGUAUCGCGAAUCAGGGAAUCCUGAAUGGAAUGUUCCAGUGGAGUUAAUAACUUGGGGGAGAGGGUAUGCAUGUGUUCUUCUUCCCUCAGGACCUCGUUGGCUGCCAGCAAAGAACGUGAAACCCUACCAUGUGCUGGAGUGA